AUGCCUUCCAGUAAAAAUCGUGCUGCUUUGAUCAUUUCUAAGCUGAAUAGACGCUAUAAACAUUGUCUCGAUGACCUCCUAAACUACUAUGGAAAGGUGGCUACUCAGGAAAAUGAGAUUGAGAAGAUCAGAGUUAAAGAGAUCGAUUUCGAACAGAUCACCAUCGGUUUCCACCAUAAAAUGGUCGACUUUGAGAUUUUAAAACCUCUCCGUUACGAAGAUGAUCGGGUAUGUAAGAACUGGAACGAGGUGGAGUCUACCAUCCAGAAGAUGUGCUAUACUGCUGCCAACGCGAAAAAUGUUAGUCCUAUUUGUCUUAAAAAGAUUGUUUAUCCGUUUAGUCCUAUCAAUUGGCUGCUUAUUUUUGGAAUGUCGUUACUUUUCAUCGGCCAUUAUAACCCGGAUUUCAUCUAUAAUAGACUUCUAGGUAGAAUAUCCCUUAUUCCUCCCUUCAAACCUUGGAAUGACACCAUAUUACUUGGAGCCAUGAUUACUCACGUGACUGAAUCUCUCACUUUACUAAGACCAAAAAUGGCCUACUACAGGAUUCCAGUGGACUAUAAGAUGGAGUGGUAUGCAUGUUCCAUGCUCGAUGGAUUUGCUUCUGUUAAUAGACUCAACAAUUAUGUCAAGUCCAUUGAAGGCAGAUAUUUCGAUUUCUCUGAUGAUUCAGAGUCAAUUGACGUGAAGCCCGUGGUGGAUUCCGAUUCUGAAUUGCAGUAG